AUGGAGUUAAGAGGUUUUUUCGCAGUGAGUAUAUCAAAAAAGGGCCAAUUUGUUUAGCCGCAUGCUACUUCAGUUCUAAGUUGGGAUUUCAUAAUUCUGGGGACCGAGUUUUGUGAAAUGAGUUUUACGGACGGGGCCUGCAGGCAGUGCUUUAUUCAUAGCUUAGAUUUCCACUAUCGCGUAAUUUUUCCGUGCGAAUGCACGUAAAAUUUAUAUUUACAUGCGUGAAUGAGAUAGAGGCAAUGUAUGAAAGGCUGCACGUAAGCGUAAAAGUUGAACCUCGCUCAACUUUCACGCUUACGGCGCGUGCACGUCCGUACAUUGCCUCUAUUUUAUUUACGCGCACAAAAUUACGCGACGGUGGAAAUCAACCUUUCGGGAACGGAGGUCGUCGCUUUGAAGAAUCGAACCACUUUUUGCGGUAGAAUUUAUUGCUUGCAAUUUCUAAGUUACGUAUACGUGUAAUUUUGUUUUGACGCUCCAUAAGUUCUUCGUUGAGCGUCGUAGUACUUACAGCGAGCAACAAUGCAUCAAGUGGUCACCGGCUUACAGGAGCUUAAAUAUAAUGGGAAACAAUAAAAAUAUCUAACCAAAAAGUGGUCAAACUCGCUUACGAGAGGUUCUUACUGAUUGAGGAUUGACUGAGAUAAAAAGGUUUUCUAGGCAGGUGGUUGCUUCUUAUGGGAGGCGGUCGAUUACGAGGUCUUACGAAAGGUGGUCGAACAUGGAGGUCUGACUGUAUUUUGAGUUUGAGGGUAAACUAUUUUCGAAUUUUGCUCGAUUUUUGUUUCAACUUAUCUUGUCUCCUUUCUUUGUUCCUAGACUGUUUUCGCCUUUUUGUUUACUGGGGAUGUAUACUCUAGCCAGCCACGGAGGUUUUGGAGGUUUGAUUAUGCCGGUUUGGGGUGCACUAAUGAGUUAGACCGUUAUAUGAGAAUUAACAUGGGCAAAUGUGAAAAUAAAAACUCGCAAAUGGAAUGCUCAGCGAUGGCGAAUGGCGACACGACAAUAAAUCCAAGGACACGUAAGUUAAAAUUCAUAUUUUAGUACUAACGGACGAUCGUGCCGAAAAGAGACGGAUUCAAGAACAGACAAGUUGGCGAGUUUCAUGAUGUGAUUCGACUGCCGUCAGUCACUUUGCAUCUCAAAAUCAUUUUAAGAUUGAAAAGAUUUCUACAAGCCGAAAAUUUAGCCGUAUUUUAUUACGAAAGACAAUCGCGCGACUGCGGGGACCAUGUGGUCUGGCUAAAAAAGUCUAUAUGUUAUUGGCGAUACAACAUGAUUUUCGAUACACCCAGCCGCACCCUCGGAAAAAUCUUUUUCACUCCUCCUAGAAAUUAUUAAUUUUGCAAUGUUAUUCUUCUUUUUACCUAAUUUUGAUUAAUUGAAAAUUUGUCUCCUAUUAUCCCCUUUGGCUCUCUCUGGUUUGAUCAGGAAUGUGUCACCACUUGCCAGAAAAAUAAAAUGUGAGAUUUUCUAAAAGGCACUGGUGCAAUGUCAUCAGUAAAGCUCAUAUAUAGGUGUUAUGUUUCUGCAGAUUUUACCUUAGAGAAACCUAAAAAGAAUAAGCCCAGUAAGAUGAGAUGUAUCUCUUUCAACAACACCUAUUCACUUAUGGUACAAGGAAACAAUGUCAGCUUCGUGGUGAGUGAGUAUAAGGCUUACAACUGUGAAACAAUCAUCCUUUUUAAAAAUGGGCCUUCCGAGUAUCCUUUACUGCAAUAGAUUUGAUAAAUUAGUUCCCGAUAACUCAAACCUUUAAGGGGAAUCUAGAGGAAUGCAAGUAUAAACCACACUCCACUUCAAGGGCAACAAGAAAAAUAUUUUUUUUUUUGGAAAGAAAAAAAGCUUGAUUAAUCAGUACAGGGAUAAACAUUAUAUUUAAAUUGGACUAAAUAAAAAGUAAAGAUAAAAAAUACACGGUUGUUUUGAAACAAAUUCAACGUUUUGAAAUGCAGUUAAACUUUUUUUUUUUUUCGCCUAGUGUCACGCGCUUAAAACUCCGGUUGGAGUUAUCGAGGGUAAAAUAAUUGUAUAGAAUGAUCAGAAGGGUAACAAAAAUUACUUCGAGGUAGCGGGAGGUUCGAGUUACCAGGAGUCGACUGUAUUCUUGAAUUACUUUUUGUAAUUUUCUGGCUUAUUGUAAGAGUCUAUCGUAAAUAAAUAAAUGAACAAAUAAAUAAAGAAAGAAUAAUAAUAAUAAUUAAUUUUUUAUCUGUUGCUUUCACAGAAUGUUUCCUGUGAAAAAGGACGCGCAAACGUUUGGUUUAAAUUUAUUAAGUUGAAAAAACAGUCAGGGGAAAAAAAUAUAUAUUAUGGGUUUUUUAUACGAAAUAGUACGAUGUGUCUUACUAGCAGUUGUGAUGGAACCUUGUCUGUAGUGAAAGUUAACUCAACAGCUGACCGAAAAUGCUUCUUUAGACAAUAUCAUUUCUGGAAAAGAUGGUGA